UGCCGGUGGGUCUCUGAUGGAUGCGAUCUUGCAAAUCUUGCUGCACAUACAAAACACGUUGUCACCUAGCCUUUCAGGUGAUGGUGAUCCGGCAGGAGGUCAGCAGGGCCUGUAACUCCUUUUGGUGUGCUGCUUUAAGCCAUGGAUAAGAAUGUUGCAAGUGCUGUGCCAAGACAGCACUGCUGUCAUGCGUCGGAACUGGGCCAGCUCUGGGGCUGGUACCUGUUUGCUCUGCAGACUCCUCUUUGAGAGUAGCGACUGGGCUGAGUAAACUGCUAGGAUGCAACAACUUAAAUAACUGUAGUUCCCCCAGGUUAAAGCCCUGUGCAAACAGUUCUUGCAUCACUCUGUCGUUUUGUCUCCUCUAGCCACAUUGCUGUGGUGAGUGCUGCUCAUCCGGGGGGAGAUGGGAGCACCAAGGGGAGUGCCGAACACAUCCUUAUAAAACUGUUAUUGAUGUCUCCUUCAGGCCUGAAAUUCCUCUUGCUAGUCUUCUGUUCUGUUAAAUGCUUCGCAAACCAGAGCAAAGGAAGAGACCUGAAGAGUUGAAUUUCACUGCCUUGUUUGGAACUGGGUGGAAAUCCUGGAGAUGGAUCUCUUAGGAGUCUGUCUUCCAUUUGGGUUAGAUGCACAGGAGCGAUGGAUCGCCCCAGCUACCUGGAAGAGGACUAUUCUAGCCUGGAUGGGCUGGACGAUGACGUGUUUCACUCUGAUGACUUUGGACUUGCAGGUCAGCCUGGUGAGAUGACUGCAACUGGCAUUUUCACACAGAACCAGUCCUACAGCUGCCUUCUGGGGAGGUUUCAACUAUUCCCCCUCACACAUUGCUGUGGUCCGGGUAUCAGGCAUCCUGAACAGCAGGACAAGGCAACUCAAACACUCAGCCCGUCCUCUUCCAGUCAGGAUGUUAUGUUGCCUUGUGGAGUCACUGAAGAGCCCCGGAGACUCUUCUAUGGCAAUGCUGGUUACCGUUUACAUGUCCCUCCAGCUGGCUUUGCAUUGGAUCCGCACCUGCAGGAGGAGCAUCGGGAAGGCCAUCGGGAGGCGCGUGCCGAGGUGCAGCUGGCACGGAAGCUGCAGUGCAUUGCUGACCAGUUCCACCGGCUCCACAUGCAGAGGCAUCAGCAGAACAGAAAUCAAGUGUGGUGGCAGCUUUUCCCCUUCCUACACAACCUGGCCUUGCAGACGGAGGCGAACAGGAACGGCCCCGGGCAGAGGUGAGCCGCUCGCAGCCCGCAGGGAGCGCUGAACAAGCACUGGCUGGGGCGAGAGGCUGCGCAGCGCCGGCCGGCCCUGGGACUCUGCCUUUCUGACGCUCCUCUUCCAGUUCGGGGGUUAUGGACUCUUCUUUGCUGCUGCCUGCCCGCGGGGCAGGGAGCUCUUGUCCAACACUGUCAAAGAAAGCCAGAAUGUGGGGGUAUUUGGUAAAGCUUGCUGCUGGUCCCCCGCAGGUCACCUCUGUGCAAGGGUGGCAGGCACCAGACCAACAGCUUCCCCUGCCCUCUGUCAGCCCAGGGGAGAGUGCAGGAGUGUCAUUUUGGCUGCUAGUUACAAGUGAUGUCUGGGACCAAUGACUAAACAUCCUUUGGGUAUCUUCCAAAGAAGAGAUGCUCAAAUCCUCCACACACACACAUACAAAGCUCUUUCUAGCAAUGAAAACAUCCAAACAGCCUUUAUGCAGCAGGUUACUUGUUUUCAGCAUGGGUUACUGCUUGUUUCUUGCAGCCCAUGUGAGAGAAAAUAACAAAUCUGAAAUCUGAUCUCUGCAGUCUUUCCACUGGGCACCAGACACAGCUCUUUCACAGGAAAUUGUUCUUUGUCACUGCCAUCAAUGGGCAAAAUCAUUUGAGUAGAACAGGCUUCAAAUUAAGCCUUCCUGGGGUUGCUGAUGGCUCUUGGUUCUACCACGGUUUACUUCCAGUGCAGCGUCAGCAGUGCCCAGUGUGAAGCCACAGCCCAUGGAACACAACCCAAGCACCAUUCUUCUGCAAUGCUGAUGUAUAUGUUGUGAUCAGCUGGAUGAUGGGGGUUUACUUUGAUUUGGUUUGCUUUCCUCUCACUACAGUGUGGCUGGCCAGGAAGGCAUAUGUCCCAGGCAUCCCCUAGUUUGCUUCAGGAUUCAGCAGGGAAGUUAAUUGGCACCUGCUCUGACAUGAACACUGUACAGGCAGCUUCCCUGUUACUCCAGUGUGUAAUGUUUGGGGCCUGCUGUAAGCAUUUGUUGACUAGCAGCAGUAAUGUCACUUCAAGGGAGGUCUUCUUACAGUUACUGGUUUGUGUGCACUCAGAAGUUUGUCCAUGGGAUUGACACUAUUGGAGCAGCACAGGGCAGUGACUCCACCAAACUGAAGCAGCCUUAAACAUGGGUGGCUGCUUCUCUGUAGCCUUAAAUACUGUCAGGUCACCAGCCUGGUGACCAUGAGGGUAAAACACAAGCAGAAAAGCAAUACAGACUGCAUUUUCUUCAGUCUCUUUCCACAUGCCACUGCACCUUCUUGUAGGCCUCAAGUAAUGCAACCAGCGUGAGGAAGAGCUGUUCAGACCAUUGCUCUUCAGGCCUGUUGCAAAAUGUUGACUUCAAGUGUUGAAGAACUCUGCUCAUGGUCCACUCUGUAAGCCAGGCAUUGCUGUAUGGGAGAGCAGUUGACUUGCACGUGUGCUUUCUCCUCACCCCUCUGCACACCCUCCUCUGGUUCCUGCUGGCUCUGCUGUUUGUGUAAAGUCAUCACUGCUCUGCAGUGUCUGGUAACAAUUUGCUGAGCACAGUUACAUUUGGACUUUCUCCCUUUCUCCCAGCCCUGUUCUCUUGAUUUGCAUCCUGCUCUGCUGGGGCAAAAUGUGCUUUAGCUCCCUGAAAGAGGUCCUCGAGCCUUCUUCAGUGUUACCUGUUCACAGUCACUCUCAACACAAGGAGACCUGAUGUGAGAAAAGCUUUUUCCCUCCUUUUUUGUUAUUUUUCUAGCUAGAGCUAGAGUACUACG